UAGAAUAGAACAAACACUUCGAAUCCAGAAAUACGAAAAGAUCGAAAGACGAAGGGGUUAAAAGAAACGAAAAGAAAAAAAACCCAAACUUCUUAGGGUUUAUAUUUCUUUUCUAUCCUUCGAGCCUGUAACUGUAGAGACUACAGAGUUGACGUUUAGUUGAUUCUGCAACCUCCAAUUUAAAGCUCGCUUGCGAAUUCGUUUCAUCUGUUGUCUCUGCAACUCCCGUAUCGGAUUUCCACUGCAUUCCCGCGCUAAAAGUUUUGGGAUGGGGAUGUGAUUGUUGAGAGAAAGGUGAAUGGCUUCAUUUAACGAAUAGCAUGAUUAGUUCAUUCUUCAUGUUCUGUUCGGAACUUCAUAGUGACUUGAGUUAUCUGGAUGAAUUGGAAGUGGACAAACUUCACUUCGAUUGAAGAUCAGUUCUCACGCUACAAGCCCUGUGAGGUGGAAUCUGUACAUGGUAUAUUUUAAGCUCUUGGUUUUUAUGUUAAGUUACACAAUUUGAAAUGUAUGGCCGAGGAAACUAUGCUCCUCAGUUCAGGCAAGGACCCCCGAUUCCGCCUCCACCAUUCCAACAAGGCCCUUCAGCUCCACUGCCUCUGGUAAUUCAGCAAGGUUCGUUGGCUGCCCCAAAUCAUGCAGUUCAGCCAGGCCCUAACCCUCCUGUGUAUCGCCAUGGCCCACCUCCACCACCACCAACAAUUCAGCAAAGUGGACCACCUCCACCUCUGGUUCAGCAAGGUCAACCAAUUCAAGUUCCAAAUCCUGGAGUGGUAAAUGCAGGCCAGCCUUUUGUGCACCUGCCUUCAUCCGUCCAUGGAAAUUCUCAAGUGAUACCUCCUUAUUCAAAUGUACAACAAACCUCUCAUUACCCGUCGACUGUAACAUCUCAGAACAUGCAUCAUAUCUCACCAGCAUUACAUCUUCCUGCUCCACCUCUUUCUGGACCAAGCCACCCAGAGAUGAUGCGGGCUCCAGUACCUCCUAGAAUAUUACCCCCUCCCCCUUCACAAGGACAAAUAUUGUAUAGAACACUUCAUCCAUCACUAGCUGGUGGUUCGCAAGGACAUCAACAUGUUGGACCACUGCCUCCCCCACCCCCAUCUUGUUUUGUUCCUGUCACUCCUGCUCCUUUUUCCUCUUUUGUUCAUGCUCCAGUGGAAGAUGCUUACCCACCUUCUAUGCCACCGCCACCGCCUCGCUCUCCACCUUCCCCCCCACCUAUUCCAUCAUCACCACCUCCAUCUCCUCCAAAACCUUCAGAGCUUUCAUCUAAUCUGGCUUUAGAUGCUGUUUCUGCAAUGCCCCAUCAUUCAGAAUCUGGUCUGGUUUGUGAUAAGCCCAUCACUUCUGCAGAGAAGCUUAUUGAUGAUGUUGACAGACUACUUGUUCCUGCCCAAAGCAGAGAAGAUGUGCCUGUACAUGUUGACUUUCAAAAUAUUAAAGGUAGAAAGGCGAAGAUGGAGUCUCUUGGAGAAGAUGGAUUUUCAUCUGAGGGAGAAGCAACUCUGGAGCUUCAUCCAUCUCCACCUCCACCUAAUUUACCAGCAGAAGUUGUUCGGAAGAUUAGAGUCCUGUGCCAGUUUAUUGCUAAAGUUGGCCCCGAGUUUGAAGAUAUUGCUCGUAAAAAAGAGUUGGGAAAUCCAGAAUAUGCAUUCUUGUUUGGUGGUGAGCCUGAAAGUGAAGCUGCAAUUGCUCAUGAUUAUUUUCAAUGGGUGAAAAACAAAUCCCUUUUGGGAUCUAAAUGGCAAAGUAAUUCAUCACCAAAGACUAGGGAAAUCAAAUCUUCACCAAAACCUUGUUUUUUGACAGAUGAUGGGGCGAGUUCACCGGCAAAUUCAGACAUGGACAUGGAAGAUGAUGCCAACCAGUCUGACAAAGACCAGGAAGUUACUGGCUCUAUGGAAGGUAGAAGGGGGGAGCCUGUUUCUUUUUGUAAUGAGUUUCUUGUUGUCAAAGAGAAAUUACAUGUACAGCAGGGUCUGACGGAACAUCAUAUUGAUACAUUGCCUGGAACAACGUCAUGUUUGUACUCAGGAGUGGCCAAGCAAGAAGAAGGUUCUAGUUUAAUUGUUCUCUCAUUUUGUUGGUUUUGAUUCUCUUGAUUCAAUUUUUUCGUGUAUUAUUUAUUAUAAUGUAGCUCUAGCAAGUGGUUAUAUAUGCAAAAUAGAUUUCUUUUUUGACAAAUGCUCCUUGAGUAGGAGUACUCAGCACCAAGAUUUGGAAUUUUGAAUUUCGACCCCAUUCCGAUUUUUGUCGAAAUUGAAAUAUUUCGUUCAACUUUUGUUUCAUUAUCAGUCCAUUUCGACACUGCAAUUUUGGGUGUUGUUUCAAUUUAGGCCGAAACCAAAAUAUGUUGCGAAACUGAAAUUUCGAACCAUGUCAGCAUCUCCUUAUUCUCUUGAACAACCCUUGUGGCUACCAUGCUGUAGAUGCUGCUCGUCAAACUGAUUGAUUUGAAUAUUGAAGUCCUUGGCUUGAUUGGCUACAAAUAUCUUAGGAGUUAUGACUGCAAGUAUUGACCUCUCUACUGAUGACAUCAUUUUGAAAUAGUUCCUCAAGAAUUUUGCACAAUGUCAGGUAUAUCUCCCAGCAAGAAUGUCCCAUAUAAACUGUGGGCCCCAAGGCUUUGACCUUAUCAUUAGGAAAGAUUUGUUCCUUUAUUUCUAUUUGCUCAAAUUUUUAUUCUGACCAAUCCUUGCUUCCAAAUUUAGUUUGAACUCAUCUUGGAGUUUUUCUUUCUUUGCUAUUAAGUCUCAGUUAGCCAUGCUGAGGAUGUGUAGUGUAUGCUUCCAUUUUUCCCUUUGAUUGUGAGCUACAUACUCUUAAGAUGGUAGAAGUUCAUUUGCUUGCAAGAAGUUGUGCUGGUUUCUUCCUUCUCAUAAUCAAUCCUGGAUUUUCUAAUUAGGUCCUUGAUAUUUGAAUUUUAACUUCAAAUUUAGGGGACUGGUUGUCUGAACAGCCCACUGAACCACCCAAGGAUGCCUCCCUAUACAGCCCUAGUAUCGGCCUAGCCUACCUAUACGCCCUUGUAUCAGCCAUGCGGCAGGGCAGGUGGUGCUUGAGUUUUCUGGACAGGUAGAGUGCAGGGCCCCUAUCCAUGUAUCACGUUUCAGCUCAAAUGGAGUAUGCCAAGUGGUGGAAUAAAGCUUUGAAUAUCU